AUGUGUAUAUAUACAUCUAUGUAUAUAUAUACAUACUCUUAUACAGCUCUCUCUCUCUCUCUCUCCUCCCCUGUUCCCAAAAUUGCUUCUUUAUUGUGAUAAUCAUGGAGUAGAGUGUGGGAGAGUCCUCAAAAAGGUGGGGGAUGGGCGAGAGGAGAUUAAUUUAGUAAUUUAAUCUCCCCAAAAUUGGAUUAGAAUAAGCCUAAGCUUCGUGAUGUCACCCACCUUCGGUUUCUGUUCCGUUUCGGCGUUCCCUUCCCCUUCUCGGCUCUAAAACCUCGAUAAAACUUCACGUACAAAUGGACGCAGUUUCUGCUACUAUUUAUGUUUAGGAGUACAGUAAUUGCACAGUGACACAAUUGUAGGGGGGGAAAUAGAAAGGAAUGGCUACUUCCUGUGAAGCCAAGAAGAAAGGUGAAUUGCGGAUUUUCGAAAGCUCAGUUGAAUUAGCUACCGACUUGGCUGAGUACGUCGCGCAAUUAUCGGAGAUUUCGGUGAAGGAAAGAGGAUGCUUUACUAUUGCUUUAUCUGGAGGAUCACUCAUCAAUCUACUAGGGAAACUUUGCGAAGCUCCUUAUAACAAGACCUUGGACUGGACAAAAUGGUAUGUCUUCUGGGCUGAUGAGCGUGCCGUGGCGAAGAAUCAUGCAGAAAGCAACUACAAACAAACAAAGGAAGGGUUUCUUUCGAAGGUAUCAAUUCUCAAUAGCCAUGUAUACUCCAUCAACGACAAUGUGACAGUUGAAGAAGCCGCAUCCGAGUACGAGUUCACCAUCCGCCAGCUAGUGAAGGUCCGCACAAUCGCAGUGUCCGAAGCCAACGAUUGCCCGAAGUUCGACCUAAUCCUCCUCAGCAUGGGCCCAGAUGGCCACGUGGCCUCAUUAUUCCCCAACCACCCCACGCUCGAGCUCAAAGAGGAGUGGGUCACCUACAUAACCGACUCGCCGAAACCCCCACCAGAGAGGAUCACCUUCACCCUUCCCGUUAUAAACUCCGCUUCAAAUGUAGCACUAGUGGUUACCGGCGAAGAAAAAGCAGCGGCGGUUCGAAUCGCCACUAACAACAGCAUCGAAGAAUUGGAUUCUUCUUUGAUGUUGCCCGCGCAGAGGGUUCAGCCGAUCGAGGGGAAGUUGAUGUGGUUUUUGGACAAGGGAGCGGCGUCGGCACUUGAGGCGAGUACUGAUGGUUUUGGGCACACCUGAGUCAUAUGCACUAACUUUAGCUUUUCUGCAUCGUUUUCUAGAUCGAGUUGUGCGUGUGCGUGCGUGUAGAUGGCGAGAUAUGAUCGGAAAUGUUUCCAUUUUGUUGUAGCUUGACAUAUACUCUAUGUUUAGUUGUGGUGGUUGUUUUGUGGGAGGGAUAGUUUGCUUGCUCUUGUUGUAUGAUGAGAGAGAGAGAGAGUUAAAGAAGGAGAUUAUAUGUUGGUUUCAACAUGUUUUGAGGGCCUUCGAAAAGAGUAUUGAGGAUACAAAAGAGUAUUUGAUGGUGAGAAGAGGGUCUUAAUCUGUCUCCAUAUGCCAUUUAGUAAUGAAUACCAUUUCUGAGAACCUCUA